GCGGCGCAUUGAAAUUGAAGAGUUGUUUGUAUGUAAUUAAAUUGUGUUUUAUUUAAUAAUGUCUUACACGGAAUAUUCAAAAGAGCUAGAAGCAUUUAUCGCCAAGCAAAAGCAGUUGCUAGAGUUGGAUAAAGCUCGAGUUAAAAGUGUUGCUCGGGAGGAAUCGAAUCAACAACAACAUUCUACACCACCGGAAGAACCACGCAAUGAUGAUAACGAGCAAGUGAUAACUUCCCAAGCCUUCCCUUCCAAUGAUAAGUUUUCCAAGGAGAAGGUCAACUCGCAAAUUAGUAGAAAAACCAACAUCAUAAAAGAAGACGAUGCCGGUUCACGAGUGCCGGUAAGAACUUCCCGUGAACAAACAGCAGCAGGAAGCUCUAUCGAUUCGACAAAUAUUGACCGACCGCAGGAUGUUGUGGAUAGCCUAUCAUCGGCAUCUAUCGAAGAACCAUCGACAGUCCCAUCAGCACAACGGACGAUACAAAUGUCGCCGCAACAGGAUGAAAUGGAACAGUGGGUCUCGGAUACGUUCUUUUCAUAUUUUCCGAGUUUCAAUAAAAAGCAAAAGGAGCAGAAAACCGUCCUCUCCCGUACGCGCCAGCAGGAAUAUCAAGAGUAUUUGAAAAAUGUAAAUUUCAUUGCUAACGUGAUUCCGGAAGUGACGACCAAACAUCAGCAGUACAUGCAGAAGUACGGUACCGGUAAACCGCCGGGAAAGGAAACAGCGACCAAUGAGAAGGGAACUGGCACCACGAGUCCACCGCCUGCCGGUGGCGGCCAACCGCAGGUCCGGUUCGGCAAGUCACUGGUGGCGGAAGCGAAUGCAAACUUCCGCAAAGGUAGCCCCCGUGAGAAGUUGAUCCAAGAUUUAGCUCAUACUGAUCUGCCUACCAUUCUUAACACAGACACUAUCGAUCGCAGGAACAGGAUGUUGGCCGAUGAGGAAAGUCGCCGCAAGAUGGAGUACCAGAAGGAGCUCAUCAAGCAGAUCGAGGAAAAGCGAAAGGAGGUCGAACGUUUGCGGGAGAAGGAAAAGCUCGAGGAGGAAAUGUUGACCAGUCGUUUGGAACAGCAGCUGAAAACGAUGCAGCUUGAGGAGCAGCUCGAACACGAACGGUUGCGCAGUGAAAAGGUACGAAUCGCCAACGAACAGAAUCAUAUCCGCCGGUUGCAGCUGUUGGCCAACCUCGAGAACGAUCACAAGCUAUUCAAUCCGUACGAUGGACAGCGGAAAGCAUUUUCGGAAAAUGGUGCAAAAGUGGCCCCGGCGGCAACAUCCGUCACGACGACGGGGCACGUUCCGCACCCGAAUGGCGGUGGUGGUGGAUCCUUCUCUUCCGGGGACGAACGGGUGAAGGUGUAUCGGUAUUUUAGUAACUCGGCGCAUCAAGAUAAACACAACCAUUUUGUGUCGGUUGGGGCGGCCUCUUCGUCGACGUUAUCUUCCGAGCAGGAUUAUGAAUCUUCCAGCGAAACGACCAACAAUUCGUUAACGGCGGAUCAUCGGUAUCAGUACUGUAAAAGUUGCCGGACCGAUAUCGAUCGUUCGUUUCUUCCACCCCAGCCGACUGUUGGAUCGCGAGGCGUUGAGCAUACGAAACAAAAGCGACCGCAUUGCGCCAAGUGCGGUUGCAAACGACCGAUGGGACAGGCAAAUAUCAGCAGAAAGGAAGAUCAUAUCGUACGUUGUAUGAAGUGUGAUCGAUCAAUGAAACGGCCGCAAGGUGUGAAAGGAUUAGCUGCACUGUGUGCCGUGUGUACGCUUACAACGGAUGCAGAUCGGAAAAAUAUGGCACAUCCAAAGUUCCAUCAGGAAAAACGUUCCACGCGUAACGGACGGCAUCAUUCGACGAUCGCUGAUGAUGAUGACGAGGUUCAAAUCCAUCAGGCUCCUAUUUCACCGAAAAAUAAUCCGUACAAAAUCCUAGACAUACAGUACCACGAAAGUGACAACGAUAAUGGUGAUCUGGACGUGCUCAAUCCGGUGAUCGUACGUAACAACUACCGCAAACCACCGUACUCGCUCAACAUCGAGAAGGAUUCACUGUUUCAUCCGAGCAAGAAAACGCCCGAACCUGUUCUUUCGGUAAACAUUCGCAACGGGGAAGUGUUUGUGGACAAUAAAAUAAGGACUGGAGGUGUUGGUGUUUCAACACGCCCCACCGCGAGCCCUUCCGAUGCGGAUGAUCGGCACCGAGACGACGAUACUUCGUCGGCAAUCGCUGGCGAUGAUAUGCUGGACGAACGAAUUGCCAAGUACGUUCGACACUACAACACGCUUUGGAUGAAGCGUGGCAAUAGUAGAAAGAACAAUGCGCAUCAUACCCAUCAUCAGCAUCAUCACGAUGGCGGCAUGAAAGGUAGCAAGUCCGGUUCACUGCUUCCAUCACUUUCGCCACCGAAAGUGUACGUUAGUGAUCGACCGGAAAACCUCAAGAGUGAUGGCCUGAAGCUCGUAGAGAAGAAAUGGGAGAUACCGGCCGUUGAACGGACAAAGGUGAACGAAAAAGGAUCAACCCGGGUAUUGACACAGCUCGGUGCCAUACGGAAACAGUUACAGCUGGAACAGCUUCAAAUGGAUGACUCUUCACCGUAUGGAAAAAAAUAUUAAGCGAUUAAUUGACUCUUUGUAACUUAAACCCAUACACUUUGUACAUCAACAUUCCGUCCGCUUAAGUUAGGCGAUCAUAAGGAAGUGUCCUUUAGCAAGAAUUGCUUUGCAAGAAUUUUGAAAGGGACAAACUCGAAAUCAACUUAAAGUUGACUGUGGUGGCCUGAACUUGAAUUUGAUCCGUAGCUUUCGAAAUUGAAUAAAUUUGACAAAUGAAUUUCAUUGCUAAAACGAA